UGCUUCAACUGUAAAGAUGCUUAACCAUGCACCAUGUAAACUGAUAUAGCAUUUAGUGUGACGAGUGAUACCGCUCAAGAUGUCUAUGCGAGCCUUCGGUCAACUCCCGCAGUCGCACAAGGUAUCCUGCACGCCGCCUUAGCAAGUACAAAUUACAAUCAGGCAUGCUUCAAACUGGGAAUGUAAUAAUAGAACCGUCUAGUGGCGGACUGUGCCUCGACCAUCGGCCGGAGGAGUCGAAAUGGAAGUCCGCUAUCGACAAAGCUCUGUGGCAUGUGCAACAACUCCGUAGCGUCCUGCAGGUGCAAGCUUCCGACGGGACGAUAACAGCAACGCACCUAAUCUCGCCGCCUGUUCGGUCCUCAACAACGACUGAUGCACAGACGCAAACCGAGGCUGUUGUGCCAGCCACGCAGCUCACACCCUUCCCACUUUUGCCAAACGGAUGUAUCCUCUCAGCUCGUGACCUUGUAGAGGUUGCAGUCGAAGCUGCCCCGUCAUCGCCUCACGCCCACGAACUUCAUUCCCACCCAGUUGCCCUCGCCAACCCCGCUGCAUCCUCCCCAAGCAGCGUUACCUUCACACCCGAACACACAAACACCCACAGCCUCUGCAAGGCGCCCUUCCAGCCUUCAUCAGACCUCUCACCAGCCUCUACUCCCAUUACCGCGACUGCUGUUCAUACCGCUGAUGCUGAUGCCAACACCCAGCUCUGCUCCCACCGCCUGGAAACACCCCUCUCGGAGGCAGCGGCCCCAACCGCAACGCCUAGCAGAAGCAGCAAUGCUGACGAUGACGCCCACGCAGCCCCGGUUGUCGCACUGGAACUAGCGCCGGAGGACUUGUGGCUGGAGGCAGCGCUGAUCAGCACUCCGCGUUGUGACAUCCCGGCUCCAGCUUCUGCCGGAAGUACACCCGCAUGGGCUGUGACGCCCGACAUUGCCGUUGGCUGGGAGGGAUGCGAGGGUUGCGAAAGCGGCCGCCUUCUUUCACCGUCAGCUGCCAGCCCGGGCCCUAGCCUGCUACAGCAGCUGGCGACCCCUCAGCCGAGUAGUCCGGCGUGUGAGCAAGCGGCUGUGGAAACAGCCGCCGCACAGCAUCCUGGGACUAGCGAAACAGCUCAGCUGGCGAGAGCUGACACGGUAUCGGCUAUUACCUGUAGGGCAGCUGGCAGCAGCAACGGCAGCAUACCCGCCGGACCCACGGGUCUCUCUGCGGCUACGGAAACCUUCACGCCGUACACCACUGCCGUACGCCUGCGUGCUGCCAUGCAGUGGAUGCGGCUGCAGCUGCAGAGCACUCCAGGGUGGAUGAACAGACCACGGCGGCAUAGCGAAUCAAGUGUCGCCCCUGCGAUGCUUAUCCUAGGCGAUGGGAGUGCUGCCCCCGCCGCUGCAGCAGCUGCUGCUCCUGGUGCUGCUGCCGGUUGUGAUCGGGGUCAGCAGCCGGCGGGCAGUGCAUCGCCAGGAGGUGCUGCCUCCCUUCCAGGAGAUGCCCCUUUCAUGGCCGCAGCCGGUUAUGUUGUUGGAGCAGCAACAGCGGCAGAGAAGCCGUUGUCGCCGCAGCCUCAGCAGUCGCCGCCACAGCGGGGAGGCAUGUCGCCACCUGCUGGUGCCCUUGGGGAAGACAGCCAGCAACAGCAACAGCCGCUGAAAAGCAGGCGCGGCACAACGCAACGAGCCGGCGGCACCUGGGCUGGCCGCUCUCCAUCUGGCAGCAACAGCAGCACCUCGCCCGGUUCUCAGACCACCACAACACGCCGCACAGCCGUCGCUGCUCCCCCAGGCCGGCAGAACCAUGACACUGCUUCUUCAAGCUCUUCCCCUGCUGCUUCUACCGGUACUUUCCGCAGCUCGUUCCAGUCAGGCCAACAGCGGUCCUCACCUUCACCCACCGGGCCCAACACGCACCAGCCGCCCUCGCCAACGUUCCCCGCGCUGCUGGAAUGCGCAUCCAGUCCAGACGCGGGUCUUGGGGCCAGCACGCCAUCACCCUUGUCUGCUAGAACAACGUCCACCGCCGCGGCAUCAGCGGCACCAGACGCUAGCUCCACGCGUGGUGCUCUGUCCAGUCGAAUGGGGCCGCCGUCUUCCGUGCGCGGACUGCCCGCCUUGCGGGACGCCUCACAGCGGCUGAAUGCUGGCAACGGCAGCGGCACUCAAAGACCCCCACGAGCCGGGGGUACCAAGGAUGCCCAGUCGGGUGCUGUUAAGAAGGCACCGCAGCAUCAGCAGCCUGCACGCACACGGAGCUGGAUGUGAGGAGCCGACUGGGCAGCGGCUGAUGCGGUGGUUGGGGUAGUGGUUGCAGCGGGUGGCUUGCGCAGGAUGGAGAGUUGAGGCAUUUUAUGGGGAGAGAGGGCGUGUGCAAAACACACCGCUUAUCGUUCUGUGCAUUGACGGGUGUUACGUGAGACUGUUGCUUAGGACAGGAUGGGAAUGUGGGGAGGUGAGUGGCUCUGAGAGCACGUAUUGGGGAUGUGAGGCGGAGGAUCCGCAUCCGGGGACAGCGAUUAGGGCGCAAUGUGGCACCAGAGGUGCGCUUGUGGUGUGGUGGGGCAGCAUUCCCGCGGGUGGGCACUUCCCACCGAGCUCGAGGAGGGCCGCCGUGGUGCUCAUACGCCGCGUGUGGGCGGAGCUUGUUGACGACUGAAAGCCCACCCCGGGGGCAUUGAGUUGUGCUCGACUCAGAGACACACCAGCUAGUGUGCUUAAGCUAUCGUGGUGUGGGUGGUGUGAUGAGGCUUGCGGAGGGUAUUCCUAAGUUCCUUGACUCUUGAGGGUUUAAGCGGAGGUGGAUGAAGUCGUUGUAACGGGCACUCAAACAUGGAGCUAAAGGAUUGUCUUGUACCGG